AUGAACAAGGUAUUGUCACUAGUGGAAUUAAAUACUAAACCAAGUAGCAAAACAGUUCAUCCGUCCACACCAUAUCAUGAGCCAAAACCACUUCAUCCUCAAUGCUCUCCAACAAGGCAACCGUCAGGACAGAGAAGCUCGAAGGACAACUAUGUUUUUCUGCACGAGCUUGCCAAAGUCCGGAAAGACCCCGUUGAGAUUCGGAGUCAGCUCCUACACACCCUACUCGCCGGCAGAGAUACCACUGCAGGGCUACUGUGCUGGGCGCUUUGGAAUUUAUCCCGUCAGCCUCGUAUCUACCGGAAAUUGCGGGAAUCCGUGUUGGAUACGUUCGGCACCUAUCAACAGCCCCGAUGCAUCAGCUUUGAAGCUCUUAAAUCUUGUGUGUAUCUACAGUAUACCUUGAAAGAAACGUUGCGCCUCUUUCCACCUGUACCACUCAAUACGCGCCAAGCGGCUCGGGACACCACACUUCCCAAAGGCGGCGGACCGAAUGGACUAAGUCCCGUAUUUAUUCCGAAAGGUACGGAGAUUGGCUAUUCUGUAUACGCGAUGCAUCGCCGAAAGGACCUAUGGGGCGACGAUGCAGAAGUCUUCAGCCCCGAUCGGUGGGCCAGCCGGAAAUCCGGCUGGCAUUAUCUCCCAUUCAAUGGUGGACCCCGGAUUUGCAUGGGACAGCAGUUUGCACUAACCGAGGCGGGAUAUGUCCUUACGCGACUCAUACAGAGGUUUGAUAAAGUGGAAAACUGUGACCCUGAGAUGGAGCCUGCAAUGGAGUCGCUAUAG